UCAGAAAAUGAAACACUCAGUUCAAGCGAGACAGCUGGUAAAACAAGUUACCACGACGAAAACGAGUAACCUAACCAUGAAAUUGCAACAACUUUUGGCAGCAGCUUUCUGUCUAGCUGCUGCCCUUAUCCUGAAAACUAAGGCACAGGAAAAUGCUAUGUUGCAAAUUCCGCCCUCAUUGGUGGAAUGUUAUAAUACGUCAUACUUUAUGAAUCGGGAUAAUCGUCUACCAGCCAACAUGGACACGCUCAUUUCUCUUAUCGAAAAAGUAGAAAACAGCUACGCAGCUAGUUCCGGAGUACAAGCCGAUAUUCGAACCGUGUCGGUAGCCUUGCUGCAUCGUUUCCGUCAAGAUGGCAUUAAGAAGGCUGCGGGAAUAAAUGCGGCUGACGGGGUAAUACCGUACAGUCCAACAGGCUUUCAGUUUCCAAAGUUAAAAAUUUUGCUCUCACGUCUUAUUCCGGGAAACGCCAAUACCUUUCCUAACAGUUCAUUAACGAGAGUGGAGCGGUGCUCCCUCCAUUUUAUGCUAUCAAGCACCUUCGACGCGAGAACGCGCGGCGAUGAAAACAAUGUGUGCAAUCAACUCUCUCAGUAUCGAGCCCAGCGACUGCCGAGAUCAUUGAAGAAGGAGCAUGACAAUAAUUUUAUAAGCGCUUCGGAAUGGCUGGAGGCACGCUCAAAACGAGGACGAUCUUCCGACUCCGUAUCAAAAUACGAACAAUUGGGAGAAUUAGACUACGAAUCUGACUGGGCUUAUGCCGGCCCUGAGACUAGUCAAUGCCCUGUGGAGGAUGGCUUAGUACGAACACGAUGGGGAACGAUAUCCGGAGGCACUCUGAUCGCGGGCAUUGCAGCUGGUGUCCAGCAGCAGACUGUGCAACUUAAUACGCUAUUGACCCUAGCUCCCCAGAGACGCUCUCGUGGUCGCAGUCAGUCCCAGACAAGCAAUACAAUUGACAACAGGUGGGCGGCAACUUUGGCUGGGGAGUUGGCGGAAGUCACGUUGGUCCAACUACCUGUGUCGAAUGGCAAUCCCGCUUCCGUUGGGGCUACCGGUGGAUGGAAUGACACAGUUCUACCCCAUUGGUACUUCCUAUCGCAGCGCAACAACCUCGAGGCAACCGAUGCGGAGAUUCGCGGUGGCCUUGAUGGUUUGAUUUUGGCUAAAAAUGUAGCCAGUUGGAGGACUCAAGCAUCAAGUCUUAAACUUUCUCAACUGCUGCGCAUGUAUUACUCAACAAAUGGUGUCCUUAGUUCAGGAAUCAAUGCUUGCAGUAGGCAAAAUCAAUUCACAAAUGUGGCUCCGUCGCAGGAAAUGGAGGAUCAGACAAAUGCAUUUGCUCUAAUAUUAGAUCGUGAGAUGCAGCUGCGUGUCACCCUCCAGCCUUCCCUUAUUUCCCAAUUUGCUGGUAACGCCACCGCAUCUCUGGUGACGUAUGUGCGAAAUAUGGAUUACUUUCCGUCUCCGCAAUGGUCUGAAAUAUCCAAUCUAGUCACAAUAAUGACUGAUAUAUAUGUGUUUGUCGACACCUACUGGCCCUUUGGCUGGGUUAUUGAUUACGUAACUUAUGUGCUGCAGGGCCUUAACAUUCAUCCUUACGCAAGUAAGGUUACCCUUUUUGCAGCUUUUGAUACGAAAGUCAUUGUUCAUACCACCGACUACAUAAUCAACGUCUAUGAAAACUGGAACUCAACUUCACACUCUUGGCAUCCACCUGGUUUUAAUCUUCCACUUAUCCUUAACACUCUGAAUGCAAGAGUUGACGACUUGCUUGAAACAGAUCGUGCUACCGAUAAUCUGGGAGGACGAUCAUUAGUUGCACUAUUAAUACCCAGUCCGCUGUCUUACGUUGAUGAGGAGGACUAUGAUUAUUGCCAGCAAUAUUUCGAAAGAAUGCGUGUUCAUUUGCCCAGCUUGCACUUUAUUUAUUAUGGAGGGGGAGCGUUGGUAAGGUUCCACGACUUUGUCCGCGAUCCAAGUAAAAAUUUGUACCUUUUGGACACUGAAAAGCCACCCGACAUUUGCGGUGCUCCCGUUAUUAAACGAAUUCGGCAAGUGCCCCGUCGAAUUUCAAAUCCACGUUGCUAUGUAAAAGGCGCUAUAAGCGAGUUUGGGACCAAUUCUUUGCCACAAUUUGUGAGUUUGGGCAGUAUUAAUUUCUACAAACUGGACUCACAAUAUCUACCAGCUAGACAAAUUUUUGAUCCUGGCCAUGAGAUUGUCGAACAACGAAUUGAACUUAUGAUAAAAAACAAACGAACAAAUAAACACUCCAAAGUUGGAUAAUAUGCACCUGAUAAUAGGUAAGUUCAAAUCUUGCAAGUUAGCCCAAGGGCGGUAUUUAAAAUCGUUGACCAAGUUUGUAUUAAAUGUUCUUUAUUAUAAGUAAAAAUAAUUUCCAUCCAUGGGAGGCACACCAGCUUAAUCAGAACGACCGCAGUCCAACUCAUUUUUAAUAUUUUGGUAUCCGACAAAUGCUGCCCAACACACAGAACAUCAAGUUUCGAUAUGCACUUGACCCACGUUUUUAAGGGCUCAAGAAAGCCAGCGGCUGUGACCGCAAAACAGGCCCGAGACCCACACUUUUGAAGUUAAGAAUGUGUCUUAGAAAAUAUUAUUGCUGACUGUGCAUCGGCAGCUGAUGAAAUACUGAAAUAUCUUAAGAUACAUGCACAUAGCAAAUGGGCUGAGUCGCAUAUCAGUGUCCUGACAGGCGAACUCGGAAUUUGCAAGGGACAAAUCCAGGGCGACCGCAAAUCAAACUUGCUGCUAAAGUUUCUGGCCAAGGGCAAUGGGUAACAUGUGAUAAGUUUAUUGUCUUGCCGGAUGGCGUAAAACUGAAAUAGGAGUGAAAAAAGGACCGAGAACCAAUAUCACAUUUCAUAAGGGAAAUAUGCUUUCUUUGUAAAUAAAUUAAGUUGUCUCGCCCACAAAUAUUAAUUGCUUAAUUAGCAUAUGCGUCUGGCAUGGACGAAGGAACUCGAACACCAUUUUUGUUUAAAAGAUGGUUGGGGUCGACAGCCCAGCCCGCCUAAGGAAAAGUUUUGUAUAACUGACGUAAACCCACAACAUAUUUGCUUAACAGGACACGUGCUCUUUCGUCAUUAGAUGACUAAUUUAAGCAAAGAACAUAAACGAAUAUC